GCACAAUCAAAGUUAUAUCUGCCAAAUUAUCAAAAUCUGGUUCCCCAUUUGUUGUUCUUGCCACUCGUCAUGCCUUCCUCUUUGAUACAAGUCUCAUGUGUUGGUUGAGAGUGGCCGAUGACUGCUUCCCUGCCUCAAAUUUUACCAGCUCCUGGAACUUGGGCUCAUCUCAAAGUGGUGAGCUCGCCGCAUUACAGAUGGAUGUUAGGAAGUAUUUAGCCAGGAAACCAGGUUGGAGCAGGGUAAUUGAUGAUGGAGUGGAGACACGUGCUCAUUUAGAAGCUCAGUUGGCAUCUUCUUUAGCUUUGAAGUCCCCUAAUGAAUAUCGCCAAUGUCUUCUUUCCUACUUAAGGUUUUUAGCAAGAGAGGCUGAUGAGUCUCGUUUACGAGAAGUAUGUGAAUCUUUUCUUGGACCUCCAACCGGGAUGAGCGAAGCUGCCUCUUCAGACACAAAGAAUUUAGCUUGGGAUCCCCAUGUACUGGUAAGCCUGUCUGUGUGCUAAGAUACUUGUCAUUAUGUUUAUCACACGUAUGGACAAGUUAUUUGCCUAAAAGGUGUUAAAUGUGUGGACGCAACUUAUUUGUAUUUCGUGUCAUGUAAGGUAUUGCAUACGCAUUUGGUUCGAUGUUGCUUUAUCUAGGGCAGAGAGGAGUUAGGGUUUCCUAUGCAGGAUAGAUGUCAAUCAACGAGUGCAGCUGUCGCCGUCGCGACGGAGGCCACCGUGGAGGAGGGUUUUGUUAGGUUUUGUUCUGUGAGAGAAGGGGUUCAAUAUGCAGAAAAUGAAGAGGAGAUUUCUGGCGGUGGAAAAUAAAACAUUUGAUGUGGUAUAUGAAGGAAGAAACGUUGAAGGACUUCGAUUGAGUGAAAAUGGCUGGGGAUUUUUAGUAUCAAUAUCAUAUGGGGAAGAGGAUGUCAAAUGGCUGGUGGAGACGUUGAAGGGGUUUUAUGGAAUGAAGGGGGAGCAAUAUUGAUGCAAAAUCAAUAAGGAGAAGACCAUUCCCUGUGGGUGGUGUUAGGGUACAACAGCGGAGGAUGUCUUCUGGUAUUUUUGGAGGAAAGGGGAGAAAAUGUCUGUUGUAUUUUCUUGUCGGAAGGAAGAGAAGUGGAAGGAUGGUGGAGGAUGUUGGUGGCAAUGGCAGUGGUUGCUGGAAGAUACUAGGACACGGAGGAGCGGAGGACACAUAGGGCACAUCUGUUGUGUGGGAAGGAGAGGGAGAAUGGGACAACAGAGGAAGUUGUGUAUGAACCGAUAAGGUUGUGUUGCCCUAGAUGCUGAAUGGAGCUCCAGAUAAUGGUGGAAAUUCAAGACUGACAAGUUUUGUGGAGGUGUUUCGUGGAUCUGCAGAGGAAGAUAAUCUGGAUUGGAGGGAGUUUGAAAUUCAAAAUUCUGUAGCCCAAGACGAUAAGAGGGAGUUACGUUUAGAAGGGAGCAGAGUGGAUCGGCUAGGUGAGUCCAAAAAGGAGAAAAGGCCAAAUAUGGAAGGGCCCAUAAGGAUAUUAAUGGUGAACUGGUGGACUAGAGGAGGUUGGAUUUUCGAAAUGUCAAUAGGCCUAGGUUGGAUAGACUUGGACAAAAAGGGAUUGGAUGAACGAAUUAUAAAAGAUUCUAGUAGACCAACAAUAGAAUUAGGCUCACGAGGUUCAACAGAAACAUGAGGCCCAUUCGAAAUAAUAUUUUAAGUCAGGUUAGGAGGUCGGGUCAAGGUUUAAAACUUUGGAGACUCAUGACUCGGCAACCCAUGAAAGGUGCUUCGCACAAGGGAGGAGAAACCAAAGGAGAAGAUCAGUGUCCAGGGGAAACCAUGCUGAUGAUGAGUGCAAAAAAAGCCGAAUAGACAAAGGGGUGCUUUUGGAGGGGUUAGAAACUACAGAGGAGGAAAUGGAGGCAUAUCAGAGCGGUGAAAAGGAGAAAUAUAAAGGCAGAGAUGAGGAUCGGAGAGGAGAGAGCGAUCUGGAGAAGGGGGAAGACAACGGGAGCUUGGCCUUGGUGCAAGUGAGUAAAGAGCUGAUGGGGAGAGAAGGUAGGCUGGUGGAGAGUGAAGAAAGGCAGGGAUGGGAGGUGGAGGAGGAGAUAAUUCAAGAAAUUUUGGAGAAGAAAAUUCUGAUUGGAUAAUGAGAAAUAUCCAAAAAUUCAGUCACAUGUUGGGUG